AUGGAAAAUAAACCUGAUAAUAGUGAGUCUAAGUAAAUAUAAGAGAGCAAAUAAGAGGAAGUUGGAUAAAUCUAAAAGCUUAAGGCAAAACCUAAGUAAUUAGAAGAGGAGAAGAAGUCUUAUGAGUUAGAAAAUGCUUAAGUUAAAAUUUAAAAUGCAGAACCUUUAUCAGAAAAGUAUCUUAUGCCUGAUUAGAAUGUAGAUAAUGAAGAUGAGCAACAAUUUGAGGUAAAAAAAGAGUCCAAAUAAAAACUAGAUGAUAAUAAGGUAUCUUCUGAUAUAAAAGAAUAAUAACCAAAUGCUAAUAAAUAAGAUGAACUUUAAGUUGGUAAAUAAAAGAAAAAAGAGGAGCCAGAUCAAAAGCAGAAGGAAUUGCUUCAAAAAUAAUAAAAAGAAGAGGAGAAAAAAAGAGACUAAGAAUCUUAAAUGAGAUAAUAAUAAAUUGCUGAAAAAUAAAAGGGGCUGGAUAUUGAAGUAAGGAGGGAAGCUAACCAGAAGAAAAAUGAAAUAAACAAUGACUACUAAAAGAAGAUUGUUCCAUACAAUUAAUAAUGCGAAAAAAUAGUUUAAGAUAUCAAUAUUCUUAACCAUAUCUUAGCUAAUAAUGCUCUGUAAUAUGCUUAAUCUAUUACUGCAAUGGACCAGGAGCCUUUUCAAUAAGAGAUAAGAGCCAUAUUGUAAAAGAUAGUUUAGAUGGAGCAAAAAUUGAAGAAAGAAUGCAAUGAAUUCACUAAUAUAAAAUAGGAAUGCAUCUAGAGGUUAGUUAAUAUAAAAAUCUAAAAAAUAAACAGGAAGAACAAGCUGGAAAAGCUAUUACUGUUGCUCGCUAGAUUGAGAGCUUAAGUAGAUAAAUUGAGAAAUGGUGUCAAAUUAUUUAUUAAAAAUGAGGUGAUUUCUUAAUUUGAGAGUUAGAUUAAUGCCAUAUUUUCUAAAGAAGUUAUUACUGAUUUGACAUCGACUGUGUUUAGAUUGAGUUAGAAUUAGUAAAAGUACAAUCAAAAGAAGCAGAUAUUUGAUAUUUAAAAGUUUGAUAUCAAAGCACAACAAGUCAAUAAGCAAGCUCUGGUUGAGCAAUUAACUAAAGAGAUAAGUGAUAUAUCAAAUAAUAUUGCUCAGAAAUCUAAGGAAAGGGAGGAAUUAAAUAAAGCUCUUUAAGAUAACUAGGUAAGAUACCCUGAGCACCUCAAAAGCUUGAGAGAAACACUUUACAACAAGAGAAACAAAUUGUAAGGUCUUCAAAAAGAAUUUGAUGCAUUACUUAAUUAGCUGAAAUAGUUUCAAGAUUAAUAGCAAUAAGGAGUAAUAUUAGUUCAGCAGGAAUGCUAAUAACUAAUGUAAAAUAUUGAAAUCGAGAAAUUAAACUUAGCAAACAUCUAAGAGGAUAUUAGAGCUCAAAGAGCUAAGCAUAAACAAGAUUUUGAAAAUCUGAAUGAUUUCAAAAAAGACUUGUAAAAAAUGCCACCUAAAAAUAAAUCCCCUCAAAAAUCGAAAAUCAAAGAUGAUACUGCAAUAUUUGGAAAAUUUUAAAGAUUUUCCUUGAUAGACCCUUCAAUUGACGAGAAUAAUGCUAGACAAAAUAAAAAGGUUAUCAAAUUUAUAAGUUAAGAGGAAUUCUAAAAGGAAAUGGACGCCUUAGAGUAAUAAAAGAAAGAAAGCGUGGAAAAAUAAGAAGAUGAAUUCAAAAUUCAGAAGCAGAAUGAAUAUGACCAAACUUCUUAAUAAAUACUCAAUGAAAUUAUCUAGAUUUCUCAAGAAACUAUAACACUCAAAAUAUCAAAUCGACAGCAAGAGUAGGAAAAUGCUAUGUAAAAAUAGAUCUUAUCUCAGACUGUCUAAUAAAUCCUAAAUACUCAGCAAGAAGUUUUGCAGCUUAAGAAUAAAUUUUCUCAAAUCAAGUCUAACCCAAUGAUAUAGCAAUCAAGCCAGCAAUGCUCCUAAUUCAUAGAAUCAGUGCAAUCCCUGAAAUUAAUUCAAGAAACUCAAUUAUUUGAAAAUUAACACAAAAAAUCAAUGGAAGAAACAAAAGAUCUGUUGGACAAGAAAAACAUUGGUGAGAAGUAACUUUAAAAGAUGAGUCAGGGCAUCAAAGGAUUUGGCUAAGAAUGCCAGAAUUUGAUGAAUGACUGGACCUAGCAAAAAAAGUUAAUUUAAACUCGAGAAAUAGCAACUCUAAGAGAUGGAUCCAAAAACACAUUCAAAAGCUUUUCUGAAAGUCAGUUGUUUCCCAGAAUUGAGAGAAUCAAUGAACUACUUAAAGAGGCCGGUCUUCGUAAGGAGGAGUUUACCAAGACUAGUACUGAGAUUAAAUUUCUUAAAAUGGUUGUGUCACAACUUCAAUCAAAUAUUGAUAAGUUGCAUACUGAAAGAGAUUAAGCUUAAAGAACUUUAAAACAAGAAAGUUAAUUAAAGUUAAAUGCAUAAUCUUAGUAUGAAUCUCAUUAAAAAGCUACUAAUGAUGUAUUGCAAUAGUUGAAUUAAGAAGAGAAUGAUAUCUAUAAUUAAUAAGUUAAUGUUGUCAGAGAAAUAGACAAUAUGAAGCAAAAGUUGGUAAGUCAUAACGAUGGAACUGCACAAAACUUUGAGGUUUAAAGUAAAUCUUCUGAGAAAGAAAUACUAAAGAAGUAAUUGCAAUUAGUUGUUCAAAAUAAAAAUAAUUAUGAGAUGGCGUUUAAAGCUAAAGAAUAGAAUCAUUACUUCAGCAUAAAUGAGGAAUAGUUAGUGAUUGAUAGCCUUUAGAAUUAAAUUGCUGAUGCCUAAGCUAGAAUAUAAAGAAUCUACUAGGAAAGAGGAAGAUAAUGA